UUUUUGUAUUAACCUUAUCUUUUCCAAACUCCUAAUAAUAAUCAUUCGUAGGUUUUCUUUUCUUGUAUCGAUCAUAUCAGCCGUUCCGUUUCUACUAAGAAAAGAGAAAAUGGAACCCAACAAGACGAACAACAAGGAUGAAAUUCGACGGCCGCUGUUGUUGUCGGAAACAGCAUCGGAUACGUUUUCCGGCAACGUUAAUGGCCGCGGAGAUUACGACGGCGGCGACGAUGAAGAGGGACAUAGAGACCUCAACGCCAGGAUCUGGAUCGAAACGAAAAAGCUAUGGCACAUAGUGGGCCCCUCCAUCUUCAGCCGUGUCGCCUCCUUCACCAUGAACGUCGUCACCCAAGCCUUCGCCGGCCACCUCGGCGAGGUCGAGCUCGCCGCCAUCUCCAUUUCUAACACCGUCAUCGUCGGCCUCAAUUUCGGACUCCUUUUAGGGAUGGCUAGUGCAUUGGAGACAUUAUGCGGGCAAGCUUUCGGUGCAAAAAAGCUUCACAUGCUAGGGAUAUACAUGCAAAGAUCAUGGAUUGUGUUGUUCCUAUGUUGCUUCCUUCUGCUGCCUCUCUACGUUUUCGCGACGCCGAUUCUGAAGGCGUUGGGGCAGCCGGACGACGUGGCGGAGCAGUCGGGGAUGGUGUCGCUGUGGUUCAUCCCGCUGCAUUUCAGCUUCGCGUUUCAGUUCCCGGUGCAGAGGUUCUUGCAGAGCCAGCUGAAGACGGCGGUUCUGGCCUGGGUUUCGCUGGCGGUGCUGAUCGUCCACACGGCCAUGAGCUGGCUGUUGGUUUACGUUUUGGAGCUGGGGAUCGCCGGCGCGGCGGUGGCGCUGGAUAUCUCGUGGUGGCUCCUCUUCUUGGGGAUGUUUGGGUACGUCGUGUGCGGCGGCUGCCCGGAGACGUGGAGUGGGUUUUCCAUGGAGGCGUUUUCCGGACUUUGGGACUUCUUCUCACUCUCUUGCUCUUCCGGGGUCAUGCUUUGCUUGGAGAAUUGGUACUACAGGAUCCUAGUAUUGAUGACUGGCUACUUUGACGACAACGCCACCCUUGCAGUGGAUGCACUGUCCAUUUGCAUGAAUAUCAAUGGCUGGGAAAUGAUGAUACCCCUUGCUUUCUUUGCCGCUACCGGAGUGAGGGUGGCAAAUGAGCUAGGAGCAGGGAGAGGAAAAGCAGCAAAAUUUGCAACAAUGGUGUCAGUCACACAAUCCACCAUCAUCGGAUUGGUGUUCUGUGUGCUCAUAAUUAUGUUUGAUGACAAGUUCGCGAUGAUCUUCACGUCCAGCGCCGACGUUCGCAUGAUGGUCAACAGGAUCGCAUAUCUUCUGGCCUUCACAAUCCUUUUGAACAGUGUUCAGCCGGUUUUAUCUGGCGUCGCUGUCGGAUCAGGAUGGCAAGCCAAAGUAGCUUACAUUAAUCUAGCCUGCUAUUACCUCCUCGGAGUCCCCCUCGGAGUUGUCUUAGGUUAUGUUUUCAAAACUGGUGUUGAGGGCAUAUGGGCUGGGAUGAUUUUUGGUGGAACGGCAGUGCAGACAAUAAUCUUGGUCAUUAUGACAAUUCGAUGCGAUUGGGUAAAAGAGGCGGAGAAAGCUACUCAACGUGUCCAAAAAUGGUCAUCUCCAGCCAGUGAAUCACAUACAUAGUAAUGUUGGUCCAUUUCAGCUUUAAAUUUGAUGGGAUGCAUGCCAAACCUAGCCUAUUGGCUCAGCUUAUAGACUUCUUGAUCAAUAUCAAUAUAUCAUUCUUGGACAUUUUAGCACACUCUUUAGUCUUAAAUUAAUAUAUUUUCGAUGAUCUAUGAUAGAAUAUGAAAAGUUAUUAUUGGCA